CCGUCACUCCGUCCUCCUGAAGCCCAGACGCUCCAACAACACUCCAGCUCUUCUUACCCUCCUCUGCUGCUGCUUCACAGGCCGGCCGGGUCACCAGUGUCACCUGAAGAGCAAACACCAGCCCACAGAGCAGGAUGCAGCGUAUCAGGGAAGGCAUUCACAUACGUACCAUGAAGGCAAAGAGGAAAGUGGAGGAGAUCUCCAAAGAGGAUGUCCAAGCUUUCCUCAAGAAGAACGCCUUUGUGCUCUUCACAGUCGCUGCAGUUGUUGUAGGUAUCGUUCUGGGCUUCGCGCUCCGCCCCUAUAAGAUGACCUAUCGAGAGGUGAAGUACUUCUCCUUCCCUGGAGAGCUGCUGAUGAGGAUGCUUCAGAUGCUUGUUCUGCCCUUACUCAUCUCCAGUCUCAUAACAGGAAUGGCAGCUCUGGACAGCAAAGCCUCAGGAAAGAUGGGCAUGAGAGCCGUGAUUUACUACAUGACCACAACCUUCAUCGCAGUCUUCAUAGGUAUCAUAAUCGUCCUCAUCAUCCACCCAGGAAAAGGAUCCAAAGAUGAGUUUGGGAAGCAGCAGACAAUAGAGCAAGUCAGUCCCGCUGACGCCUUCUUAGAUCUGAUCAGAAACAUGUUCCCACCAAACUUGGUCCAGGCCUGCACACAGCAGUUCAAAACCAAAUAUGGAAAACGAGUGGUCCAUGUGACAGUAACAGUGAAUGACACCCUCUUCAACUCAACCAAUGGCACCCAAGAGGUCAUGGAGAUCACCCGGGAGGAAGUGAUCCCAGUGCCAGGUCAGGUGAACGGGGUCAAUGCCCUCGGGCUGGUGGUCUUCUCCAUGUGCUUUGGUUUGAUAAUUGGCAAUAUGAAGGAGCAGGGCCAGCUCCUGAGGGAUUUUUUCGACAGCCUCAAUGAAGCGAUCAUGCGCCUGGUUGCCAUCAUCAUGUGGUACGCCCCCAUUGGUAUCCUGUUCCUCAUUGCAGGAAAGAUUGUGGAGAUGGAUGAUCUGACACAGAUGGGGGGCCAGCUGGGCAUGUACACCAUCACAGUCAUCAUUGGCUUAAUGAUCCAUGCUGUUCUUAUUCUUCCCACACUUUAUUUUGUCAUCACUCGGCAGAACCCCUUUAUCUUCAUUGCCGGACUCCUGCAAGCUCUGGUCACAGCCCUGGGGACCUCCUCCAGCUCGGCCACCCUCCCUGUCACCUUUAAAUGUCUGGAGGAAAACAACAGAAUCGAUAAGCGAAUCACACGCUUUGUGCUUCCUGUGGGCGCCACCAUCAACAUGGAUGGAACAGCUCUGUAUGAAGCGCUGGCAGCCAUCUUCAUUGCUCAGGUCAACAAUAUGGAGAUGAACUUUGGUCAGAUCAUCACCAUAAGUAUCACAGCAACUGCAGCCAGUAUUGGAGCUGCUGGCAUCCCUCAGGCAGGCCUGGUCACCAUGGUGAUUGUAUUAACCUCUGUUGGACUUCCUACUGAUGACAUCACUCUCAUCAUUGCAGUUGAUUGGUUUCUGGACCGUCUGCGUACCACCACCAACGUGUUGGGGGAUUCGAUCGGAGCCGGCAUCGUGGAGUUCCUGUCUCGACACGAGCUCCGCAGCAGAGACGUGGAGAUGGGGAACUCGGUGCUGGAGGAGAAGGAGAGGAAGAAACCUUACAAGCUCAUCUCCCAGGAUAGUGAUUUUGAAAACGAUAAACGCGCUCACAGUGAAUCCAACAUGUAACUCAACCCUCAACAUCUGCCACAUCUGUCCACACAUACAAACACUUACAGCUGCUUCAGUUUGUGGGAGUGAGGAUAUGAUGUGAGGUUGUUGUCAGCCAUAGUUUUACAGCCAUUACUAAACACUUUGGAUUUGUUAACAUUCCUUUUUUGUCGUCUCCCAGAAGUGAUGAAUUUCUUACAUUCCUCUGUCAUCCAAAAGAUCAAGUCCUUUAAUUUAUGCUUCUGUCAUGUUUCAAAUAGGACUGGUAGGUUCAGUUUUCUGUGUCUACUACUUUAAUUAAUGUUUUAAAAUAUAACUUCAUGUUUCCCUCAUGUAGAGGCUGAGGAGAAAGUGGCUUUCAGUUCAGGAUGGAUGAAGGAUUUAGAGAGGAAGACUUCUGAAGAUAGUAUGUGAAGAAAAUAUAUAUUCACCAGGACUUGAUUAAAUCGACUUAAAUUCAGAUUUUAUCUAUAUUUUCCCAACAAUAGCUGCGUUAUAUUGUGCUUAUUACAAUAAGACAUUUUAUGAUUUUUAGGUCUCAGACUCACAGACUCUUUCACACACCUAGAAUUACAAAUGUGUGUGUGUGUGUGCGUGUGUGUGUGUGUGUGUGUGUGUGUGUGUGUGUGUGUGUGUGUGUGUG